UCCUGAGCUAAGGGCAAAGAGAUGUCCAAUCCAUCACAGCCUGAGGAGAGGAGGCUGUUCCUCAGGAAGGGAGGGACUUAGCAGUUGGACUUGCUUCAUAUAUGACCAGUGAGCAGAGAGGCCUAUCCCUGAGAUACUGGGAGGAUUUCAACUGGCCUUGUCUCUCAUACCAGCUGGGUUCGACUACUAAUCAGCACAGAUUUGGAACUUUGUGCAUUCCAGAGACCUCAGGGGCAGUGUUUCAAAGCCCUGGGGCUUUGGUUGUAAAAGCCUAGGAACCUGGAAUUUGGAACUUCCAGGAGCAUCUGAGGCUCAUAAAGAAACCAAAAGUUCCUUAGGCCAAGAUGGCUAAUCAAGACAUGAAACAAAAUGGCUACACACAAGUCCACGGACCUGUGGCUGGCAUUUUUCUGGAGAAGACAAAGGAGAAGAUGACCAUAUAUCAAGCCAUGAAAAAACGUCUGCUUAAGCCAGGAACAGCAUUAGCCCUGCUUGAAGCACAGGCUGCCACAGUGGGAAUUGUAGACCCAAUAAACAACAGAAUACUUCCUGUUGCAGAUGCAGUUAAAGAGGGAAUAGUCGGACCAGAAAUGAAGGAGAAACUCUUCAUAGCAGAGAAAGCCAUCAGUGGUUAUGUAGACCCAUACACCAACCAAAUAAUAUCUUUAUUCCAAGCUAUGCAAAAAGAUUUAGUACCAAGAGAUUAUGGCCUGAGGCUGCUGGAAGCACAGAUAGCCACAAAAGGGUUGUUUGAUCCCAUUGAGAAGACACAUAUUUCCGUUGAAUCAGCAAUUCAAAAGGGAUACUAUGAGAAAGGUCUGCUUAAUGACCAGAUGUCAGAGCUCAAAGUGUUCUACAAUCCAAGCUCACAAGAAAAUCUUAACUACCAAAACUUCCUAGAGAAAUGCACGGUGGAGCCUGACACAGGCCUUUUGCUCCUUUCUGUUUGUAUCACCUUCAAAGGUCUGCGAAGAGGCAUUUCCUCCACUGAACUUUUUGCAUCAAAGAUCAUUAACAAAGAAACAUUUGAUGACCUACAGAAGGGGAAGACCACAACACAGGAUGUGAUGUUGAUGGAAACAGUGAAAGAUUACCUGGAAGGCAAAGGCAGUAUUGCAGGUAUUGCUGUACUAUCAUCGAAUCAGAGAAUGAGCAUUUAUCAAGCCAUGAAACAAGGCAUACUGAUGCCUGGAACAGCACUAGUCUUACUGGAGGCACAAGCUGCAACUGGAUUCAUGAUUGAUCCUGUAGAAAAUAAAAGGUUCACUGUGGAUGAGGCCAUCAAAAACAAACUUGUUGGCCCAGAAUACCAUGCAAAGCUAAGCUCUGCUGAGAGAGCAGUAACUGGAUACAAAGACCCAUACACAGGUGAAACUAUAUCCCUGUUUCAAGCACUGUCUAAAGACCUGAUCAUUAAGGAACACGGGAUCCGUCUACUUGAGGCGCAGAUUGCUACAGGUGGAAUAAUUGACCCAAUCAACAGUCACAGGCUUCCCACAGAAAUAGCCUUCAAGAGAGGUUAUUUUAAUGAAGAAAUGAACGCCAUCCUAGAAGAUUCAGGGGAUGACACAAAAGGGUUUUUUGACCCAAAUUCAGAAGAUAAUCUAACCUAUCUUCAGCUGAUGGAAAGGUGUGUCAUUGAUCCUGUCACUGGACUGUGUCUCCUCCCUCUCCUUGAUAAGUCACAUGGUCUAAAUUUCAACUUCAUUGACUAUCAAACCAAAAUGGCCCUCAAAAAGCAGAAAGUGAAAGUGACAUGUGGCAAGUACAUGGGAAUGACAGUCUCUCUGUGGGAACUGCUGAUGUCAGAAUAUUUUGAUGCACAGCAGAGGCAAGACAUAAUUCAAAAGUAUAAAGAAGGGAUGCUUACUAUCGAGAUGAUCAUUACAACAGUAAUGGAAGUCAUAGAAAAGUCUGUGAAAAUGACUAAAAUAGUCAUUGAAGGCAUCAGAGAAACAGUCACACCUCGCCAGCUUGUGGAGGCAGACAUCAUUACAGAAAAUGUCCUGGAGGAUCUCAACAAGGGGAAAAAGUCAGUAAAGGAUGUAAUAGAAGAUGAAAAUGUAAAUGUGUACCUCAAGGGGAGAGACAGCAUUGCAGGUAUUCUGCUUCCUGAUUCUCAAAUCAUGACCAUCUACCAGGCCAGACAGAAGCGACUGCUCAUGCCAGGAACUGCUCUGAUUCUACUUGAAGCACAGGCAGCAACAGGAUUCAUUAUUGAUCCUAUUGGAAACAGAAAGUUUUCUGUGGACGAUGCUGUUAAAGCAAAAAUUGUGGGGCCUGAUGUCUGUCAAAAGUUACGCUCAGCAGAGAAAGCAGUCACUGGCUACAUGAAUCCAUAUGAUGGCAAAACAAUAUCUUUGUUUCAAGCCAUGCAAAAAGAUCUUAUAGUAAAAGACCAUGGAAUUCGGCUCCUGGAGGCACAAAUUGCCACUGGUGGGAUCAUUGACCCAGUGAAUAGCCAUCGCAUUCCUGUUCAUGUGGCCUACAAGAGGGGGUUCUUCAGUGAGGAAAUGAAUCAGAUCCUCAGUGACCCAAGUGAUGACACCAAAGGAUUCUUUGACCCCAACACCCAUGAGAACCUGACAUACUUGCAGCUCAUAGCCAGAUGUGUAACAGAUCCCAGUACAGGUCUGUGCCUCUUACCACUCAAAAGCAGAAGUCACAAAAUCGACAUAGAUGAUAAUCUUCGUGAAACAUUCAAAAGGACAACCGUCACUGUAAAGUAUGGCAGGUUCAGGGACAAGCACACAACACUGUGGGAUCUUAUCAAUUCAGAAUAUCUCUCUGAGGACAAAAGACAGGAAUAUUUCAAGCUCUUCAAGUCAAAAAAAAUCACAACUGAGCAUCUCAUUGUCACCAUUCUAGAGAUCAUUGAGAGUAAGGAGUUAAAACUGCUGGCAGAUCUAAAGUUUAAAACUCUCAGAGGAGAGGUCUCUGUUGUGGAUCUUUAUGAGCUUGGAAUUGUGAAUGAAAAAACAUACCACAGCUUGAUCAGUGGAAAGAUGACAACUACUGAUGUGAUGAAAAUGGACAGCGUGAGAGCCUACCUGCAAGGCAAAGGAUGUGUAGCUGGGGUGAUACUGCAACCCUCCAAUCAGAAGCUAAGCAUCUAUGAGGCACAAAAAAAUGGUAUUCUUGCACCUGGGACUGCCCUCAGCCUCCUUGAAGCACAAGCAGCCACAGGGUUUAUUGUUGAACCUUUGAAAAACAAAAAACUUACAGUGGAACAAGCCCUCAGAGAAAAAAUAAUUAAUCCACAGAUGUAUGAAGCACUUUUGACUGCAGAGAGGGCCAUCACUGGUUACACAGAUCCAUACACUGGUCAAAAGAUCUCACUUUUCCAAGCCAUGAAAAAAGAACUAAUUGUCAAGCAGCAUGGCAUCCAUUUACUUGAAGCUCAGAUUGCUACAGGUGGUGUGAUUGAUCCCCAAACAUGUCUUCACUUACCUCUUGAGGCUGCAUACAGGAAAGGAUAUUUUGAUGCAGAACUUAACAAGAUCCUAUCAGACCCAACUGAUGACACAAAAGGCUUUUUUGACCCAAACACACAAGACAGUCUGACAUACAUGGGGAUGUUGGGCAGAUGUUUAAAAGACAAGGAAACAGGACUGUUUUUUCUGCCACUGAAAGAAACAUCAAAAGUUACUGGAGCAAAGGAAAACAUGUAUACUGACACAGAGAUAAAGAAUGAGUUUGACAAAAUAGCUGUGAGUGUAUCAGUAGGACGCUACUCAGGAAAAUCAGUCUCCCUAUGGGACUUGAUUCACUCUGGUUAUUUCACUGAGGAUCAGCAGCUUGGAUUCAUUGAAAAAUACAGAACAAAGCAGAUUACCAUACAAACCAUAACCUCAGAAGUGAUUUCUACCAUUGAAAAGCUGGAAACUCCCCAAAUGACAAUGGGUCUGAGAAACCCUGUCUCUGCGCAAGAACUUCUAGAUUCAGACAUCAUUGAUGCAAAUACAUUCAAACAAGUAAAAGAAGGAAAACUCACCUUUGAAGCAGUAACCCAAUAUAAAUCUGUGACAGGGUACCUAAAGGGGACUGGAAGCAUUGCUGGAAUUCAGAUUUCUCCAUCACAGAAGGUAAUGAGCAUUUAUGAAGCAAAAAAGGAAAAUCUGUUGACGCCUGGCAAUGCACUUCUACUGCUUCAAGCACAAGCUGCAACAGGAUGGGUCAUUGAUCCUCUCAAAAACAAGUUCUAUACUGUUGAUGAGGCAGCAAGAGAAAAAGUAAUUGGACCAGAUGUACAUGAACAACUUCUUUCAGCUGAACGAGCUGUCACUGGCUAUAAAAAUCCAUACACAGAUGCAACAAUAUCUCUGUUUGAAGCCAUGAAUGAACAGCUGGUUCAAAGAAGAGAUGGCAUUCAUCUUCUUGAAGCACAAAUAGCAACUGGAGGAAUCAUUGACCCGAAUCAGAGUCACAGAGUACCUAUUCAUACUGCCAUUAAAAGGGGAUAUCUGGAUGAGGAAAUGAGCAGAAUUCUGUUAAACACCACUGAAGAAGCAAAAGGAUACUUUGACCCAAAUACCAAAGAAAACCUCUCUUAUCAUCAGCUGAUUAAGCGAUGUGAAAAAGAUCCUAAAACUGGACUACUUCUUCUACCCGUGUAUAAAGAGGAAUCCCAUUUACUUCACACAGAUGAGCAAAUACAGCUGGCAUUCAAGAACAAAAUUAUUACCAUAAAUGCAGGGAAAUUUAAAAACAAAGAAGUAACCUUGUGGGAAGUGUUGCUCUCUGAAUACAUAUCAGAACAGAAAAGGGAGCAACUCAUACAACAAUACAAGUCCAGAAAGAUGAAAAUAGAGGACAUUAUUGAAAUACUCACAGUAAUAAUUACAGAGGUGUCAUCCAAAGAAAGAAAGUUCAAAGGACUAAGAAAACAGGUCUCAGCCAGUGAGUUAUAUGAGUCAAAAAUUAUAUCAAAACAGUUGUUCACACAGAUUAUUCAAGGGGAGGUAACUGAGGAGAAUGUCAACAAAAUGGAAUCAAUUCAAAAGUACCUUGGAGCUACAAACUGCAUAGCAGGUGUCAGAGUUGAAUCGACAAAAAAAGUGAUGAGUAUCUGCGAGGCCAGAAACAGUGGCCUGCUGACUCCUGGUACUUCUCUGGUUCUGCUGGAGGCCCAAGCUGCCACUGGCUUUGUCAUUGACCCAGUGAACAACAAGAAACUUUCAGUAGAAGAAGCUGUGGCUCAAAGAGUGGUGGGCAAUGAGUGGAAAAGCAAACUGCUUGUACACUGGAGACACCAUUUCAUUGUUCCAAGCACUAAAAAAAGAUCUCAUUGUCAAAUAUCAUGGAAUUCGCCUCCUAGAAGCACAAAUUGCCACAGGAGGCAUAAUUGA